AUGGUGUCUGCUGCUGGAUGGAGCGAAGAAACAAGUCCCGCUGGUAGGUCACAGCUAGCUGCGGCAUUCGUCGAGAGUGAAACGAGAUCGUUGCGGGUGACUGGAUACGUACGCGAGACCGACCGGGCGCCGUACCCCGCAGCCACCGCCGCCGCCACCACCGCCGCAGCAGCAGCUUCUGCCAUUCCCAUAACUAUCAAGAACUGCAUUAAUUCGUCGUUGCGAGACACGCUCUCGACACGACUCAGCCCUCGCUACGAUGUUAGAAAUCGUCGACGUUUCCGCUAA